UCGGACCUCUAUGCACCUAAUAGCCCGUACCAUCAUCCUCAGAACUACCCACCCUUUCCGAUGACCGGCCCUAGCAAUGUCGUAUCCUACGAUCAGCACCCUACCACGCUCAGAGGAGGAACUCUUCUCCACAAAGGCUUUUACGAUCUGCUCUCCUACAUACCCACACCGUCACCAUCUCGUUUGCUUUGGGGUGAACCGAAACCUGAGGUGGAGACACCACUCGCUGGUCCGAGGUACGAAGAUAUUCGACCGGCCCACAGUUCUCCCCCAGCUAUCCCACCAGCUCCCAUCUUGUCUUCUCAGAGUCCCGACUCCUCUCGGAAACAGUACAAGAGGAUCAGUAAGGACAUGGUCUCGAAACCGACGGGCUUUGUUCAUUUGAUCCAUGCGUCAGACGCAGACCAGGCUGAGGCCUUGCUAACUCGUUGGGGUCCUGACGGGAUGGGAAAGCUCGGUGAUCCCCGUUGGGCCAAUCCGAUCAAGGACCGUAUCCGAGAGACAAACCAAGCUCGCGCUGUCAAUGAGGUCGUUGACGCCUUUCAGCCGACACCUAGCAGGAUUGAGAACGGCAUGGCCACUCUCCGGGUCGUCAAUGGAAUGAGUACGCAGACGUCUAGCACGCUCACCACCGCAGCGCGGGAGAACUUCCGUGCUUCUGGGGCUUACGACGGUCUUCCUGGACGUCCUGGGAACUCCACCAUUCGCUGGGCUGGAGGUUUGAAGGCGCACCCCGAAGGCCACGAGGACGAGAAUGGAGCACCUGAGGACACCGAGUCCAUUCCCGCCCCGAUACCACGUCAACGAGAUAUCAAUCCGUCCCUAGCCACUCUGGAGAAGGCGGUGUCGACUCGAAUCUAUUUCGAGAACCUGUACUUCCCACUCUUUCGCCAUCCUCCUUCUCGUGAGCAGAGACGGAAGGCUAUGGAACGAGAUAUGGUCGCGAUGGGUCUGUCGGAAGACCGUAAGGAGGAACUUCGUCGACGGUGGCUCCAGAACGAGACCGACUACCUUCGCGAGAAGCGCCGCAAGGUAGACGUUAGCGCGUUCAUUAAACUCAAGACAAUUGGUCACGGCGCGUUUGGCGUCGUUUCCCUCGUGAAGGAGCGGUCGACGGGCGGCUUGUACGCCAUGAAACAGUUGAGGAAGACAGAUAUGCUACGUAAAGGCCAGGAAGGUCACGUUCGCGCCGAACGAGACGUUCUCAAGUCUGCGUCUCUGGUCAGCUCCCCUGGAGGCGCCGAAUGGAUCGUUAGACUGCACUACAGUUUUCAAGAUCGCGAUAAUCUUUAUUUGGUCCUGGAAUACAUGGGGGGCGGGGACCUCCUUAAUCUUCUCAUUGAGCGCGACGUGUUUCCAGAAGAUUUCACCCGCUUCUAUGUCGCUGAGAUGGUACUCGCUAUCGAGUCCUGCCAUAGGCACGGCUUCAUUCAUCGGGACAUUAAACCUGAUAACUUCUUGUUCGACCCACAGGGCCACAUCAAAUUAAGCGACUUUGGAUUGGCGACCGACCUCCAUUGGGCACAUGAUACGUCCUACUACGAACAGCAGCGGCUUCACCUCCUUCGGAAGCAUGGAAUCGAUCUCGAAGACAGCCUCGGUGAUGGAACUCGAACGAAACGGAUGGACCGGAAGGAUGUCGAGAUACUGAUGGGCGGUGAUGGCAAAGGCGGUAUCUUCACUUGGCGGGAGAAGAAUCGUCGCAAGGUGGCCUAUUCCGUUUGCGGGACUAACUCAUACAUGUCACCCGAAGUCAUCCGGGGCCAGGGCUAUUCCUACUCCUGCGAUUGGUGGAGUCUUGGUGUGAUCAUGUUUGAGUGUCUUUACGGGUAUCCUCCCUUCGUCAGCAACUCCAGACACGUCACCCGGCAGAAAAUAUUGAAGUGGAAAGAGCAGCUGCGUUUCCCCUCCCGGCCGCGUGUAUCCCAUGAAGGCGUCGAUCUUAUGCAGCAGCUCCUAUGCGAGCCUGAGGACCGCCUCGGCUCACAAGCCUCCUCGUCUGUCAAUCGACCGAACUCGGUGGUGGUGCAGGCGAGGCGGAGCGGUUUUGGCCCGCCGUCUGGCUUUGCGCCUGGUUUUGGUGCGGGCGGUAGCACUGUGGACGGGGCCGAGCUGAUCAAGGCUCACCCCUGGUUCCGGGGCAUUGACUGGCUGAAUAUUCACCGUUACACGCCACCAUACUGUCCUGAUCUCCAAGACCCUGAGGACACCCGGCACUUCGACGACGAUAUUCCCGCGGAGCCUCUCGCGCCCGCGAACGGAGCACCGCCGGACGCCACUCGCGACCCACUGCUGCGGGACAAGAUCCACGGACAAGAGAUCCUCGACGUCCGCAAGGCGCUUGCGUUCGCAGGAUUCACACACAAGAGUCCUCGGGCAGUGACCUACGUCCGCGCGGAUAGAGUCUUCAACCCGGAGCCUGACUCGUAUGGAAGAGAGGACAUCCAGGAGGAUGUUGGGCCGGAGCCGCACAGAGGACGGUCGACGGUAAGAGGGUCCCAGGAAAUCGGGAAGGGGAGGGCGAUCUCGAUGUGAUGAAAGUUAGAUGGAUCGGCGGACUGCUGGGCUGGAGCUCCGACCGCUGAUGAUGCGCGGUUGUUGGGGUGGCAGACGAAAUUAUCAUGACGACGGCGACCCUACGGUCCGUGACGACCCCUUUCCUUUCCAUUUGCUUUUUACUGCCUUCGCUCUUCAUUUUUACGUUGCCGAUGAUGAACUGCUUGAUAUACCGACCAUGACAACCAUUUCCUGUAUUUCCACCGACAUUUUUCACCCUGGAUAGGCGCUACAUUCUACACACGGUUGUACGAGCAGCAGUUGAAGUCUUUUGUAUGGACAUAUCCCUAUUUUGUGUGUUUUUGUUCUCGCUAGUGCUCGAGCUCCUUGCUUGUUUUUCUCUUUAUUCUUUGUGUGCUAAUCCGUACAGUAUCACCUCCACUUCUAUGUCCGCCAUCUACGUAUUGUACCUCCCGGAUUCCUUCAUCUCUGCGUCACCUUCCAUUCUGCUCCACGAUGAUGUUACCCCACCCUGCUUUGCUACACGAACGACAGCAUAACAUGACCAGGAUAUAUACUAGGCUCUGUCUGUAUGUUCCGGUUUCCCACAGCCUUGUCCCGC